CUAGUGUCGGGCACUAUCAGUAUUAGUGUGUUGGAUGGUGAAGAGACAACCAUGGAGGAGAGCACAGACGAGGACCUUGAGUCUCUGAUUGAAGGCUUGGCCUUCAUCCCUGGACACUUUCACAUGCCGCUGAAUCUAAACAUCGAGCCAAGUGGGCCAGCCACCCUGCGCCUCCGUGACACGCAGAUAAAACGCGAGAACCUACGGGCUGAGCUCGAGGCUGAGACGGGUAGGUUGCAGUAUGCUAUACGAAACAUGCUAGGCUUGCUAGCCUACCAUCUUGAAGAGCUAGAUGAAGCUGAGGAGGUUUUCCAUAGCAUCUGCCAGGAGGAUCCAGGAAACCUCAAUGCUUGGGCCAACCUAGCCCAUGUGUACGAGCAGCUCGGGAGGGACGGUGAGGAGAGCGAGUGUCUAGAACGCGUGAAAAUUCUCAUGGACCUGGAGGCCAAUGAGAGCCCAACAGAUAGCAGACUCAGGGCAGCACGAUGCCUGAUAGAGCAGGCUUUUGCCCAGCCUCAUGAUGUGGAGCUGGAUCGAGAAGAACACCUGCAGGAAAGACUGACCACCGCACUCACCUUGUAUAAUCGAGCUCUUCAUUAUGGAGGUGAACUGGUACCUCAAGAAGAGAAGUGGAGCUGGUAUUUCAAAAUGGCAACAAUUCACAUAAAAUUGUAUGGUAUUGUCAAUGAUUCCAAGGAUUUAGAGUAUACUAGGCUUGCGCACUUCAACAAAGGUCUGACACUGCUAGUAGAGACUCUAAAAUCAGACACGACACACAUCAAAGCACUUGCCUGGUGUUACAUUGGUCUCAUGCUUGAGAGGAAGGACGAGUUCUCCACUAUCCCAAUGUCAGUUCAUGACUGUGGCCUGUCUGGAUCUGAGCCGCUGUCGUGCUAUGGAUCGGGAAUCAAACUGGCCACAGAUGAUGCAUUCACAUUGAAUCAGCUAGCCAAUGUGUUUUUUUGGUCAGGUAAAUAUGAGAUGUCAAUGGGCGUCUGUAACAUGGCCCUGAAUGUGCUGCCUGAUGCAGAGCUAAACUGGAAAGCAUACUGCACUCGAGCUAAGCUUAAAAUCACAAACUAUGUUAAGGCCUUGGAGCAGGCAAAGCUGGGACUGAGUGGGAUUCCUGACCGUCAGGACCUGAGAGAGGCCCGAGCUGACCUUGAGCGGGUGCUGAGUGUUCAGCCAUGUCUCAGGACUCACCUAGAGAUGGGACAGGUCUACUACUACAUGGGUGUGGAUGCUGUGAAGGAGAGUAUAAUGGUGGAUGAGAUGUCGGUGAAUCAGGCUUUGGUCAGCCUUUCACAGGCCUUGAAGUGCCCAAUGGGUUCCACUCUGCCAGAACUACAGCUCCUGCGUGGCCGGUGCUUGCUGCUUAAAGGAGAAGAGGAGAAUGCCAUCGACUGCUUCAGACAAUCACUGGAGCUGGAGCGACCUAGAAGCUCUGAGCAGCAGGCGCUGCACUUCCUGCUGGAGGCUCUGUUGACCAGUUUCGCCAAGAGCACAGGGAACAUCAGUCACAUUUUAUCCCAGUUGGAGGAAUGUGUAAAGCAGGCUGAGGAGAGACAUGGCACGGACAUUGUCCGGGUAGAGCUCAGGCUGUUGUGCAGGACAUACACUGAUGAAGUGGCAGAGCUGUCAAGGGAGCUUGUGAAGAAGGGGAAGUUGGGAAUGGUGAGGAGACUGCUGCAGAGCAUACAGCCUCAAGAUAAACUACCUCUGGGCAGAUCUCUGUCUGUGUAAGAGUAACAGAAAGAGGAUGAGGAGGACCUGUGAGCAUUGGACUGCCUGGGAUUGAAUUAUCCCUCAUGUAGUAAAAAAAAAAAAGGGGGGGGGGGGUAAAGGGGAUUUUCCGGAGGUAUCCUGGACUGCUCAGUCAUUUUCAAUACAAUGAUUACUAUACUAUUGUCUGAAUAAGGAGAGUUUUACAUUUUUAACAUUAUAGACAAAAAAAAAAACAUGCCUGUUAUUGCAAAAACAAUGAAACGGUGUCAUUCUGAAAAUACACUUUUAACUCCAAACUGUGGAUUAUUUCUCAUUUGUAAAUUGGUCCACCUUCCUAUUCAAGAACAUUUACUUCAAAGCAAGGGUUUUCUUUCUUUUUCUCACAAAGGCUAGAUUGAGGAAAAUUCCUGGGGUCACAGGCUACAGGCCAGUUGUAAUAAUAAAUAUAAAGAAACAAAUAAAAGGCCUGACUGCUAGCAUUAAUCUUACCUUUAAUUCAGGUAAAUGUAGCUUAAUAAUACAACCCCAAUUCCAAAAAAGUUGGGACGCUGUGUAAAAUAUAAAUAAAUGUAAAUAAAAACAGAAUUCGAUGAUUUGCAAAUCUCAUAAACCCCUAUGUUAUUCACAAUAGAACAUAGAAAACACGUCAAAUGUGUAAACUGAGGAAAUGUACCCUUUUAAGAAA